AGUUGCUGUUUGCUUGUCAACUGAUAUGGAUUUUUUAUUAUUUACAAAUAAACAUAUUAUUCUCCUUCAAGUGAAAUAUUUGAAAUGAAAUUAUUGUAUUGAUAAUAAUAUCUCCAUUUUUGAAUUCUGCUAGUUUUGAGAACAUUAAUACAAAAUAGUUCGAAUACUUUCGGCUCUUUCUGUAUCUGAGUGUCCGUGGAGUAAUAUUUUUAGUUUAACGAGCAACAGAUAAUGUGAACAAUUAAUAAAUUUUGGCGGUAUUCAGAAGAAUGGUUUCCACAACAUAUUAAGGCAUAAAUUGCACCUUUGGAAAUAAUGAUACCACCUGUCUCUUCCAAUCAAGUCCAAUUCAUAGGCUUAGAAAAUAUGAGUAAUCCAUUUGACAUGAAACAAGUUACCCUUGUGAAUUUAGGAGCUUCAACAUUUGGAACAAAAAAUGGAAAUAAAUCAAACUUAGCAUACUACCGUAAAACCUACAGUGUUACUUGCCCAACAAAAUCGUUGGAAUUAUUAAGAAAAAAUUUACAGAAAGCGAUCAAUAGGGAUAUUGAGAGUGUAGUUCAAAAAUAUGUAGAGAAAUUUUUUCAACCUGCUAUUAUAAAUAUAAAAAAUAAUUUGGGUAAAGAUAGUAUCAAUGAAGAACACAUUAAGGACGUUUGUAGAAAUAUUUUGGAGGAGGCAAAGGAUAUCUAUAAAAGUAAUACAUCUAGAGAUAGUUCACCAUAUGAAUGUAGUGAUUCAGAAACUAGUACUCUUGAAGGAAGAAUGGAGAGAAAUAGUCCAUUUGGAAAUAAAAGAAAGGAAUCUGAUACAGACUCUGAAAACAAUAAGUCUUUCAAAAAAGUAAAGAACAGGUCAAAUCAAGAUUAUAUUUUACAUAAGUUACCGGUUAAAAGGGAAGCCCCUAAGUGGGAUUCUGAAAGAAUACUACAGAAUACUUUGUUCAUAAUGGGUGCAAAGGCUAACAAAGUCUUAGGUUAUGGCCAAACCAGGGGAAGGCUUUAUGUAAGACAUCCUGAAUUAGUUAGAUAUUCUGGUGAUCAAGAAGAUAAGGAAUGGCUAUCUUCCAAAAAUUUGAUGCCUCCAAGUGGAGGAAAAGCCUAUUUGAUGAUUCUGAGCGAUAUAAAGGAGCUGACAGAAAGUGACGAUUAUAAAAAUAGUCCAAAUUUACAACUAAAUGAAUUGAAAGGUUUUGAAGUACCACAAUUCUUGUUGAAUAAAAUUAAAAUAUUCAUGGAGAGUGUUAGAACUGAUAGGAGAACCCAUGCUGGAAUGGAUUUUCUUGAUUUUAGGAGUCAUUCACUUACUCCACCAAGCUUGAUUUUGGACUCUCCAUCAACACCCUCAGAUGUAUUAGGGGAUUCUCAUUCAGGAAGUAUGAAUUCCAAACAGUCAGACUUUGUGCAUAUCCCUGAAACAAGCCCUAGUUCAAACCAUUCUAUAAUAUCUGGCACAGCAAUGAAUCAAAGUCCAUUGGCAACGCAAGGAUCCCUCAUGUCUCCAAACAUAUUACUAUCAGUCUCAAGUACAGAAGGCUGUUCAGAACCUCAAAUCGUGAUGCUGAAAAACCCUUCAACCAAUGGAAACGCACUCACAAAUAUUUUAGCCCAACAUUUUGGUUCUGAUACAGCAGAAGGUUUCUGAUAAUAGUUUUAGUUUUGAAAUGAUGUCCAUAUAUUACAAUUUGUGAUUAUAUUUAUUGUUUUUAUAUAUGUUUACUUGUUAUGAAAUAAAUGUUUGUGUUUUCAUUA